AUGGGUAAGCGCGCUUUGUCCAAAACUACCAAUGGUGACUUUGACGUCGAACUGCCUUGCACCAGCAUUGUCAUCAUUAAGGUGUACCCGUGGGUGAAAGAUACGAUCAUCUUUCGACUCGUCGGCCAGCAAACGACAACUUUUUAGCGCGGGCUCCAAAUACUCUUGACUGAGCCUGAAUUUUCGUAGCAUAUAGUAGGUAUUAAAGGUGGAGGAGUACUUCGAGUCUCUUGGCUUCUCGUGUCCGCCUCAGCGCGAUAUUGCCGACUAUUUGUUGGAUCUGGGUUCAAAGCAACAGCAUCUCGACGAGGUG